AUGAUAACAGAGCGCUUUCUUAUUUGUCCAUGGUCUGCUGGAGUCUCGUUGAAGAUUUGUGCCUUUUCCAGUGUGAUGUACGUACCGGCUCAUGGAUGGAGAAGUCGAGAUGCUCGCUCACGGGUUGGUUUCAUGGAAGGAAGUUUGCGACCCUCAGACUCUUUGGCAGGACCUGUUUCUGGCCGAGGAUCUCAAACACACCAUACCGCACGUCCCCGACCUUGCUGGCGGUGCGUGUGUCAACGUCAACGACAUGACACUCUCCGGACGACAGACAAUCGAACUCUGCGACCGAACAUCGUGACAGAACACCACAUGACUGUGUAUGCUGAGUACACCGCCAUCUCGGACAGAGCUAGACAAGACCCGAAUCUGGAAGAAGGGAGCAGAUGA